GCGUCGCUUCGGUAAACGCUUACAGAUUGAUCAAUUUAUGUGAAAAUUUUAAAAAUAUUUCAUUUUUUCUAAUCAUUCAAAAUCGUCCAUAAAAUCUUCAUAAAUUCAUAAAAAGUUCCCCUGACCGGCAUUCAUAGCAGCCGCUUUUUGGCGCGCUUCAACUACACCGUGCGCGCCAUCCGAAUGUCCAUAGCGCUGCUUCGUUCAUCUAGCGGCAGAAAUUUACCUGACAGUUAAUCUUAUGCUGCGCGUCAACUCUUUGUUCCAUCUAAUUGCCAGCCACAUCACACGCAGCAGUUCAUCGAGUAACUGGGCUGUAUUGUCUGUAGAUGGUGUAUCCGUCCGGCCAAGCGGUUCUGCUCCGGUGCUGCUGAUGUUGUGCACUGCUGUUUUUGCUAAAUUUUACCGAUGCUACUGGCUGCGUGAAGAAUUGAACUGAACAAAUUGUUCUGUGCUUUUGACUGUUAGCGCCAGUUCGUUGGUGUCGCGUUUUCUCCACUCGCUACAUAGUACAAAUAGUUAAACGGUAUUAGUAUAUGUGGAAAUCGGAGGCACUAUCCCCUCAGCGUAUAGUCGACAGAUUGAACGUUUUAAACAGAGAACGUGCGUGUCCAACGCUACAUCGCUUCCAUACGCACUGUACUAGUCGUCAGCCCUUGUCUCUAAGUGUAUCCUGAGAGCCAGUGACGAACAGGCAGGUGUACCAUAUAUCGUCAGGUGCAAGACAAGUAUAAUCAGCGAUUGCUUCACAUCGGUCUUGGAGUCUUUUGAACAAGUGGCAUAUUUAGUUGAGGAUGGCUAAGAAAAAGGAAGCUUCUGAAGGUCCAGUAAAGCCGGAGAUCCCGAAGAAGUAUUAUGAUAUUGCUAACCUCCUGAGAAGCAAACUACCCGAGAAAACAACAUCUCUCCUCGGGCAUAAAGUUAAGUAUUUCAUCGGACGUAAGGCUAUCGACGCAAUUAUGGAAUCAAAACUCAAAGACAAGCUAGAGAUCCACACACGUCAGCAAGCCUGCUACUUAAUGGAGGAGAUGCUCGCGUUCAAGUUUUUUCAUAGGGCUAGUAAGGUCGCCAUGGAAGUUAAACCCAAGAAAAGCAAGGACCAAGAAAAUGAAGAGGAUACAGAAGCCAACGCUACGCCACGUGAAACACCACGAACGGAAAAAGGCAAGAAGAAAUUCAAGCUAAACAUGCACCUUGAACAGAUCUUUGUCGACGACCUCGAGCCCUACGUAUGGCUGUAUGAUCCAAUACCGUUACGUACAUGGAUGCUGGGCGGUCUGCUAGUGGUCGCCGCUAUCGCCGUGUGCAUGUUUCCGUUAUGGCCCCGGCGUAUGCGAGAUGGUGUUUACUAUCUCAGUUUGGCGGCCGCCGGGUUUCUCGGUGUCAUUCUUGCGUUGGCUGUUAUUCGUCGUAUACUGUUCGUUAUCAUUUUCCUCGCGUCGUUUGGCAAACAUCGUCUCUGGAUACUUCCGAAUCUAACGGAAGAUUGCGGGUUCUUCGAGAGCUUUGUUCCACUUUACAGUUAUGAAUAUUGCGGCGACGGUAUCCAGAAGGAAGCGCAAGGCGCUGAAAAUAAGGAGGGAAAAUCCCCUUCGACAACAAAUAAGAGAACUUCAUCGUCAAGUAGCAAAGACAAAGAGGGUAAGGAAGGCAAGGCAGGUUUGUCAUCUUCUACUGGAGACGCCAUCGAUGCCGGAGGUGCGUCAAAGGACGAACGAACAACAGGAUCCGAAGAAAGCGAAUUCGAGAUCUUAGACGCGGGCGAGGGGGAGGCAAAAAAAGAUCAAUGAACUGCACAAAACUGAACAGUCUGAAGUUUUAGGCAGAUCUAAUGGACUCUGAGAGGAAGAAUAACGCUAGAAUAACAGUAACGUAAUACAAGCGAGAAGUGAACGAUGACCUACUCAAUACAUGUAAUUCAAUGAAGAUGAUAAUGAGAAUUAUGAUUAUAAUUACAUCGAUGCACAAGAACAAGAAGAAGGUGGUAAUCACGAAAGAUCCCGUCAAGUUCGCUGGACAGCUCUGUGUGAUUGAUCCGGGAAAUCAUAGAGGAAAUAUAUGCAGAAGUACUGGCUCAAAGUUGUCGGCUGCUGGGACUGGCCUAUUCACCAGCGUUCCAUUAGUUGUAUGUGGUUAGCUAGUUAUGAGUCGCUCUACUGGGUCUCUCUUUGUCGUUGACGUGGUACUUUCGACGUAUCCCAAAUCGAUGAACUAUGGAAGCAUUAGCAAGUCGAAGUAGGUAAUAAUGCUGAUCAUGAAAUAGGGAAAGCCCAUCAAAACUAAGUUAAAAGAUUAAUUGGUGACGGAGCAAAUCAUUACAAUGGUCGAAAGUCGAAAAGCCUGAGGGUGGCUGAAAGUGUAUUUUCAUAUACAUAUUACAGAUUAUAUAUAUACACAAAAAAAAAACAUCUAUAAACCUAUCAAUCAAUGAGAGACGUUUAUCCGUGAUAAAAAGUGACUAAUGCAUUACCACAAUUUACUAGUAUAUAUAUGGUAUACACCAGCGGAGAUGAUGACACACAAAUUCCUACAUGUGCACGGGUUCCGAGGUAAUGGAAGUCAUUGACAUAAUUCGGUAAGAUGAAAGAUUUGACAGUUUUAGAGAGAAUAGAGAAGAGGCAAAAACACCGUGAGAGAGAUUUUUUAAUAAAAGCAAAAGGUGACCUCUACACGUU